AUGUCCGCCGCUCGUGCAAAACGCCUUGCAGAGCUCAAAGCCCUACGUGCCUCGGGCAAGAAACGCCUGUCCACCUACGAAGUCGAGGACGAAGGCUCUAUAUACGACGAGGUUGACGAAGAAGGAUACAAGAAAGUUGUCCGAAAGCGACUCGACGAGGAUGACUUUGUGGUUGACGACAACGGCGAGGGAUAUGCCGACGAUGGCCGUGAAGUCUGGAACGAAGACCAAGUAGAAUACAGUGAAAGUGACGACGACGAUCUACCUGUUAGAGGCAAAGCAGCCAAGAGGAAGCGUGAAGAGGAGAAGGAGCGGAAGGAGAAACAAAACAAUGGCAUCUCGAAAUACUUCAAUAGCGCUGCUUUGGCUGCGCCGAAGCCAAAGCCUGUGGCGACUGCUGAAGACGAAGCUUUUAUGGCGGAUCUUCUGGGAGAUGUUGAUACUAAUAUACUCCCCUCCCGAGUCCCGACCAAGAACAUCCUCAAGUCGGAUACGCGUCGUAAAGUGCGAAUCCUGUCACCACCGUUAUCUGAGAAGUCACAAACUUCAAAACCGCGCUUGCGGGGCAAAGGCGAAGAUACUCCCAUUCCUCCGAAGCAGGACCUCGACAUGGAUUUUGACGAUGAUGGCGGCACUCUCCCGUUAGGCGGAGAUGAUGACAACGUCCCGAUGAGCGACGCUGCGUUACCUUCAUCCCCUAUCACCAAAGCUGUUGAGAGAAGGUCAUUCAAAACCGAAGCGGCAGACAUCAAAGAAGAGGAGGAUGAGGACGAAGACAUGAUGGAUGUGGCCCAAGCCACCGGUCACCUCGACAAUAAAUCAUCCAGCGUCAAUAUGGCGGGUAGUAAGCCACCGCGGAAGAUCAAAAAGCUGCCGUAUCCUUCUCCAACUAGUUCGUCUCCUCCGCGGGCACCUGCGGAUGUGGAGGCGACAUGGGAUAAUGUGACAAGCAAGCUCAACGUUCUGAGCAGCCCGGCCACAGAAAAAGUAUCAUUUGGAAAAGUGCGGGCACAAGAUGUCGUCGAGGAAGACGGCGGGUUUCAGUUCUUCUGGCUCGAUUACACUGAAGUCAAUGGCAGCCUCUGUCUAUUCGGCAAAGUCAAGAACAAGAAGACCGACUCAUAUGUCAGUGCCUUUGUCAAAGUCGACAACAUUCUACGCAAACUCUUCUUUCUGCCCCGUGAAUAUCGCACCAAAAAUGGUCAUUCCACCGAUGAGGAAGUCGACAUGGAAGACGUCUAUCAGGAAGUAGACGGGAUGAUGACCAGGCUCAAAGUUGGUAUGCACAAGAUCAAACCAUGUACCCGCAAAUAUGCAUUUGAGCUGCCCAACAUUCCGAAAGAAGGUGAUUACUUGAAGCUUCUUUAUCCGUAUGACAAACCAGUCUUGCCAAUGGACACCACAGGCGAGACAUUCUCGCACGUCUUCGGUACGAAUACAGCACUCUUCGAACAAUUUGUUAUGUGGAAACGCAUAAUGGGCCCUUGCUGGCUGAAUAUUGGAGAAGCGGACUUCACAGCCGCAAACAAUGCUUCCUGGUGCAAAUUCGAAUGCCAGGUUUCCAAGCCUAAUUCGAUUACUACGAUUCCCGAUUCAGAUUUGGAGACUCCUCCUUUGACCCUGAUGAGUCUAUCUUUCAGGACUCAGCUUAACGUCAAAGAGAAUAAACAGGAAAUUCUCGUUGCCAGUGCUCGUAUUUAUGAGAAUGUCUCCCUUCCCGAAACCACGCCCCCAGAGAAGAUGCCUUGCAAGACAUUCACGGUGAUGCGGCCAUCGGGAACCUCUUACCCCAUCGGCAUCGAGGCAGAGGUUAAAAAGCAACGCGGCGUUUAUUUGUUGGAGAAGAACGAACAGUUUCUUCUCAGCAAAUUCUUGGCUCUGUUUGAGCGAAUGGAUCCCGAUAUUAUCAUGGGACAUCAACUCCAAGAAGUGGAUCUGGGCAUUCUGCUAAAUCGGAUGAAAGAGAAGAAGACUCCGGGCUGGUCCCGAGUUGGCCGCUUGAAGCGUUCUGAGUGGCCCAAGAAUUUCAACAGGGGAGGUGGUUUUUUCGCCGAUAGGCAUCUUAUUGCCGGUCGAAUGAUGUGUGAUCUGGCAAACGAUAUGGGCAAGUCUCUGAUGCUUAAAUGUCAAUCAUGGAGCUUGACUGAGAUGUGUCAGCUCUACUUGAGUGAUGACCACAUACGCAGCGAGCUCGACAACGAAGCCGCAUUGAAGACGUGGGCAACGACGAAAGAAGGCCUCAUGAAAUAUGUCACUCAUUGCGAGGCUGAUACUUAUUUCAUAUCUGCCUUGGUAUUGCGUUUACAGAUGCUUUCUUUAACAAAAGUCCUUACUAAUUUGGCUGGUAACUCAUGGGCGAGAACCCUCACUGGAACUCGUGCCGAGCGAAACGAGUACAUUCUGCUUCAUGAAUUCCACCGCAACAAGUAUAUCUGCCCGGACAAGUAUUCGAUGAAGCAACAGAAGGCUAUGGAAGAAAGGAUGGAAGACGAUGACGACUCGACUGAUAAGAAGAAAAAAGAGAAGUACAAGGGUGGUCUCGUUUUUGAGCCAGAGAAGGGUCUUUACGAACGAUUUGUUCUAGUGAUGGAUUUUAACAGUUUGUAUCCCAGUAUUAUACAGGAGUUCAACAUUUGUUUCACGACGGUGGACCGUAGUGCAACUGCUGAGAACGAGAACGAAGAGAAAGUUCCAGAGGUACCUUCGUCUGACCAGGAGCAGGGAAUCCUGCCCCGUCUUAUCGCAACUCUGGUUGGCCGCCGACGAGAAGUUAAGAAACUGAUGAAAGACAAGAGAGCGACACCCGAACAGCUAGCAUUAUGGGAUACCAAGCAAUUGGCCUUGAAGCUAACGGCGAACUCUAUGUAUGGUUGUUUGGGUUAUACGCAAUCUCGCUUCUAUGCGCGCCCUCUGGCUAUGCUUACAACAUUUAAGGGCCGUGAAAUUCUUCGCAGCACUAAAGACCUUGCAGAGUCGAAGCAGCUACGCGUCAUCUACGGUGAUACCGACUCUGUCAUGAUCAACACGAAUAUGGAUACAAUAAGUGAUGCCUUGAAGGUUGGAGAGGAAUUCAAGAUGUCCGUCAACGAACGCUACAAGCUGCUUGAAAUCGACAUUGAUAAUGUUUUCCGUCGUCUGCUGCUUCAUGCAAAGAAGAAGUAUGCUGCAAUUAACAUGACUGAAGUCGAUGGUAAAUACGUCGACAAGCUUGAAGUCAAGGGUCUUGACAUGAAGCGACGUGAAUACUGUGCACUGUCCAAGGAGGUCUCUAAGCGGCUGCUUGACGAGAUUCUUUCGGGCGACGACUCAGAGGUCGUGCUCGGUAAGGUUCACGACUACUUGCGAGAUGUCACUGCUCAGAUGAAAGACUACAAAAUCCCCGUGCAGAAAUACGUCAUAUACACGAAACUUUCCAAACGACCUGAAGAAUAUCCAAAUAAGGACAGUAUGCCUCCCGUGCAGGUCGCCUUGAGAGAGAUUGCCCGAGGGAAAACAAUUCGUCCUAACGAAGUCAUUGCGUAUAUUGUGACGAAUGGUGACUCUGAGACGGCCAACCUACCACCGCCCAAGAGAUCCUACCCGCUCCAGGACGUCUUGAAGUCGGGCUCAGAACUCAAACCUGAUAUUGAAUACUAUCUACUGAAACAAAUUUUCCCGCCCAUCGAGCGUCUCUGCGCGCCAAUUCCAGGCACAGAUCCCGUUCGCAUUGCAGAGUGCCUCGGUCUAGACGUCCGCAAGUACCAGAUCAAUACUUCCCGUUCUAGUGCGAAUCAAACCACGGAAAUCUACCCCUUAGAGUCUCAAAUACCAGAUUCAGUACGGUUUGAAAAUGCAGCCCGUUUAAGCCUUCGAUGUCGACGCUGCGGCGAGUCGUCGAUCUUUGAGGGCUUGAAUUCAUCGUCCAAAAUGUGCACACCACACGGUUUAAUAUGUCUGAACGAAGCCUGCGGGAAUACCUUCUCAACCAUCUCCAUAGUCGCGCAGGUGGAGAGUCAGAUCCGCGCCCAGACAGCGAAGUAUUACGAAGGCUGGCUGGUUUGCGACGACUCUUCGUGUGGCAACCGCACCAGGCAGAUGAGCGUGUAUGGACAUCGCUGUCUAGGACCUCGGGGACGAGCAGAGGGCUGUCUAGGCCGUAUGAACUAUGAGUACAGCGAGAAGCAGAUGUACAAUCAACUACUGUACUUUGCAGGUCUUUGGGAUGUUGAGAAGGCCAAGUCGGUUGCCGCGAAAGAGCCUGGCGACUCCAAGGACAGCAUCCAUGCUUUGGCCGAGUAUAACAGAACCAGGUUUGGCACGGUCAAGGGCAUUGUGGAUGGAUAUCUGAAGAAAUGUGGGCGGCAAUGGGUGGAAAUGGAUUCCUUGUUCAAAUUUAUGGUGACUUAG